UUGAACAUUCCAAUUUCUUUAUUAUCAAGCAAAAGCAAACACAUCAAGUAGUUGGUUCCGUCGUUAUUAAUCUUUCUGAAUUUGUGAAGCAAAAGCAAACACAUCAUGUAGUUGGUUCCGUCGUUAUUAAUCUUACUGAAUUUGGGAAGAGACGCAGUAGAUUUAUACUCAAGCUCUACGAGUACAAAUCAUCAAAACGCCAUGCCUCUUGAUAACUUACUGCUCUCUCUCGUUAAAAUUUUUACGAACAAAGCCCGAGAUGCUGCAGCAAACUGGCUAGAAAACGGUGACGUUGGUAAUGAAGUAUUUCGUCAACUUAUCAUACGAGAUUUACACGACAUCAAAACAAAGCUAGAUAAUCUUUCGAAAAUAGACCUUUGCUCCAGUUUGAACUACUUGGAGGAAGGAUUUCUUCUACUUUUUAAAUGCAUUGACGAAGUAGAAAAUGAUAGAGAAUGUGAAGAAGCAAGUAAUAAUGAUGAGUCUCAGGCAACUUGUACUGCCAUCACCAUCAGGUAUGAUCUUUCCCGUGCAAUACAACAUUCAAAGGUUUUUAAAAUGGCAAAGGAUCGAUUUAGAAAAUCUCGUGAAGAAGCAACAAGAGCUUUCAACAACAAAAAUUUAAGCUUGGAGGACAGAAUAUUUGCCGAUUUUGUUAAGAUCAUGGCACAAAUUUUUGAAUGUCCGGAGCAUCAGGAGAUUGUCAUUGAUUUAUGUUUAUCUUAUAUAAAAAGGCUGCAUGAAUUGGACGGUGUUCGUCAAAUGUUCUCUAUUUUUAUCGGUGGUGGCAUGAGAGCGAUGUUCAAAAGAUCCCAAAGAAUGGAAAACAUGAAGUCCGUCAUUCUUCUCAACCAUCAUUUAUAUCAGUUCAUUGCAAUGAUCAACAACAAUUAUGAUCAUUUAUCAACUUGGCCAAGUAUUGAACUUGGAGAUGGAAAAAUGUUUAAUCCAAUACAGGACUGGCGCAAUGAAUUCCCUGUCGAGUCUUGGUUUAAAAAUGUGAUUGAAUCUUCCCAAGAAAUGAAAAAAAUGAAAACCAUGAUAUUUGAACUUUUGGACAAGAUGACUAUAAAUGAACAUUUUGCUCCAAUAUUGACAUCACCAGUGAAAUUAGUUAUGGAUUUAUUAAGAAGUGAUAUUUUGGUUGCUGGAGGCGACAAAAAGAGUGUUGAAAUUUUUUCAUGGAAGGAGAAGAAAUGGUUUGAGAUUGCAUCAAUGGAAAAUGAACACAUGAUAUUACUGUGA